AUGUCUGAAGUCAACCAGGAGCAACAAGUCAAAAACCUUAAGAGGUUUUUGGAAGGAUGGCGUAUGGCCGUUUUACCGCUGAAGUCUGUCUUCUUAUGGGAGCAGCAAUGGCAUCCUUGCGCUAUAGUCGCUUCGGUAUCAGUUCUGUACUUCAUUAUUUGGUUGAUGGAUCUCAACACCCUUGCAACGUUCGCUAUCGUCGGACUAUUUCUCAAUUUCUUGGAUUUCAUUGUACCUAUCAUGUGUAACUCUCUAUGCAGUCCUAGUUUAUGGACUGGUCAAAAUGAGAAAAUAUUUGAAGAUAUUUGUAGAGGAAUUGUCGCCAAUUAUAACAAGACCUUACGGCAGCUUUGCAACUUUUACUCGCUGAGAGAAAAUAGCCCAGUCAUGUACUACAUAGUUUCAAUCAGCAUGUUAUGUAUAUUGGCAUGGAUGGCAUCAUCGAUCAACAAUAUCUUCUUGCUUUACAUAUUUUCGGUAGUAGUACUUCUCUGGCCUGGCAUCCAGCACAGGGGAAUUCUCAACACCCUCCUUUCCAUGAUUCACAUGGCUCCCAAGUCUUUAAAAGCAGAGUAA